AUGGAAUCGCCUGUGAAGACAGGUUUCCAUAGACUGGAGAUAAAGAAAACAACAUGGGAUGUUCCGGAGCAAUAUAUCGAGCUGAAAGCAGUUGGCUCCGGGGCUUACGGGACAGUAUGGUGAGUUGACUUUGUGAAUGGGCAAUUAUUGGUAGCAUUCCUGGAAUAACUUCGCGCCAAACCAGCAUGCAUUUCAUAUACUUAAAAUAUACCACUGUAUAAAUACAGUUGUUUUCAUUGAAAAUAUGUAGAAAAUAAACAGAAUAAGGGGACAACUUUACCCUAUAAUGGUUUAUUAAUUUCUUAUUAGCUACACACGCAAAACUCUACAUUAUUGGAUAUUGUGUAAUAUAAGCUUUCUUUCGUAGCUUUUUUUUUUAUAACGAAAGACUCAGGACAUUGCUAACAGAGGCACUAUUGCCUCAAGGAAAUUAUCAAGUUGAAGCAGGUCUCGAGAUGAGACAAGAAUGUUGCACUCCCAACCUGGAGCAAGCCCCAUAAUAACACAUCUUGAAACCCAGUUUUACCUCUGCCAGAUAUCGGUAAUAUAGAAUGAACACACAAGCGUCUGAAAUGUUAUUUGUAGUCCUACUUAUAAUAAUUUGGCAAACUGACGUGAAAGCUAGUCAAAGAUUCUGCAGUCUUUGAUCUCUACUGACUUGAAAUUUUACUAUUGGCAUUUUAUAUCCCCCUUGUCUACAUUCUGUGACAUAAUUAUUCUAUCCAACACUAACGUUAUUUGACUUUGAACUUGUUUUAUUAAUUAGUUCUGCUAUUGACCAGCAGACUAAGGAGAAGGUGGCCAUAAAGAAGCUCUAUCGUCCUUUUCAGUCCCUGAUCCACGCUCAACGGGCCUACCGUGAACUAAGACUGUUACGCCAUAUCCAGCAUGACAAUGUAAGUCCUUGUUACCUACUAUAAUAGUGGACAUCUGAGAUACACUCCCCUGGACCGAGAUUCCGGUCACUCAAAAAUGAAAAGCCAUUACAAUGCAGUUAUUGUCAUUCAUUCUACUUCAUAUCAGAAUCAUUUGUAGUCUUAUGGACACUAUUCAGUAUGUUGAAUAUCAGUCAAUCAAAGACAUCCAGUUUUAUUGCUUUGCCUCCUUCCUAUGUUUAUUUAUGUUUGGUGGAGAGGAAUAGCGCCUCUUAUGGGCCAGUGUUUUCACGCAACACUUUCACAGUGUUAUCUUACUCUUGUACUUUGUCAGGCCUCCUUGUACUACUGGCGAUGAAUUAGUAUUACUGCAAUGUAAAUGUUCGUGUGGUCACUUUUUGUGGGAAUAAACCCUUCAUUACUUUACUUCUUCCUGUUGUUUUCCUAAAGGUGAUCUGCCUCCUCAAUGUCUUCACACCUGAUUUCUCCCUGGAGAAAUUCCAGACGUUGUAAGUGGGGAGCUGUGAACCGCAUUCCUCUGCCAGUUGUCACAGCUUGUUGAGACAGGCUGCUGAGAGUGUAUCUUGAAGUUUGAGUUUGAUCGUGCGUGUGUGUGUGUGUGUACUUGUUUUCCUACAUUAUCAGGACCCCAAUGUCCUACAUUUUUAAUCAGAAUGUCCUGAAAAGGUAGGAAAACAAUAACUUUUUUGAAAAGCCAGGAUUAGGUUUAGGGUUUUGGGGUUAAGGUUUUUUCAGGUUAAGGUUAGGGUUAGGUUAAGGGUUAAGUUUAAGGUUAGGGUUAGGGUUAGGUUUAGGGUACACAGCCUUUCUGAAAUUAGCCCACCCAACUAUCUCAUCCCCAUAUUGUUAUUUAUUUUGCUAAUUUGCACCCCAGUAUCUCUAUUUGCACAUCAUCUUUUGCACAUCUAUCAUUCCAGUGUUAUACGAAAUUGUAACUAUUUUGCACUAUGGCCUAUUUAUUGCCUUACCUCCAUAUCUUACUACAUUCGCACACACUGUAUAUAUAUUUUCUGUUGUAUUUUUGACUUUAUGUUUUGUUUACCCCAUAUGUAACUCUGUGUUGUUGUUUUUAUCGCACUGCUUUGCUUUAUCUUGGCCAGGUCGCAGUUGUAAAUGAGAACGUGUUCUCAACUGGCUUACCUGGUUAAAUAAAGGUAAAAAAAAAAAAAAAAAAAAAAAAAAGAUUUAGGGUUAGGGGUUAGGAAAAAUAGGAUUUUUUUAAUGGACUAAAAUGUUUACACUCCAAAAAGUCCAGAAAUGUCACGAAAACAAAGCAGUAUGUGUGUGUGUGUGUGCAGGUUUGUUCAUGUUUGUUUGUGCUUACUUACUUGGGCCCUUUGCUCCUUUGUAUGUGCUUGGGUAUGUGAUAUAAUCUGUUAGCUGAGUUAAAAUAUAUGUAUUAUGUCUGUGUUAUGAUUGCAACCAUGUGAGACAUAGUAUAUGAUGUUACCUGCAUUUUUUGUUUUGUAAUAAUUAGUAUACAUUUGUAACACUUAUUUGGAGGAGGUAGCUUUAGUACGUGAUGUAUUGUAUCAUUCCCUUUCCCUACUUUUUUUCUCUGUCACAGUUACAUGGUGACACUGUUUGUAUCUGACUUCCUGUCUCUCUCCUCCAUGUUACAGUUACAUGGUAAUGCCCUUUGUGGCUCAGGACCUCGGUCGCAUCAUGAAGAGGAGGAGACUGACCGAUCGCAUCAUCGUUUACCUCUUCUACCAGCUGCUACGUGGCCUGAAGGUGUUCACCACUACUAAGAAAUCAUUCUUUUAUAUGGGGCGACAGGUAGCCUAGCGGUUAGAGAGGCGAGCCAGCAACUGGAGGGUUGCCAUUUUGAAUCCCGGGUCUGUGAGGGAAGUGAUCCGUCGGGAAGUGAGCUGGCAACCGGAGGGUUUCUGGUAUCAAAUCCUAGAUGCCUUUGCCUGUCGUUGUGCCCUUGAGCAAGGCACGACAACCGCUCCACAGGCGCCCAGUGUGGCAGCCCCCUGCUCCAACCUCUCCAACCUGUAUAUGCAUGUAUUUUCGGAGGGGAUAGGAUAAAGUGGAAGUCCAAUUUUGGUUGGACCUUGUGUACAAUUGACAAAUAAAGUGAUCUUAAUCUUAAAUCUUAAUCUUAUACUAAUCUGAAAAUAAUGUUUAUUUAUAUUUUUCUAUCCUUUAGUAUAUCCAUUCUGCAGGGAUCAUCCAUCGGGUUUGUAUUAGGUUCUUAUGAAUAUACUUUAAAUACAUUUCUAAGUACAUUUUAGUGGGCAGAUCAUAUAACAUCCUACAUAUUUUUUAUUUAUUCUUCAGGAUCUAAAACCUGACAACCUCGCUGUGAAUGAGAACUGUGAAUUAAAGGUAAAUAAGAAUUUGGCAACAAGCUGCAUUUAUAUGUUUAAUUAUACUGUACCUUUUAUUGUAAAACCUUCAGACAGUAAGAUAAACAUAAAGUACUUGAUUUAGGAAGAUAACACACUGGUGUUUAAAGACUACACUUCCUUGUUUGAUUGUUAUGAUUACAUAUUAGCCUCUCUUUUUAUAAGCUUCAAUUUACUUUUCUUUCACAUUCUCUUGCUUUCUCUUUCUAUCUCAGAUCCUGGACUUUGGUCUAGCAAGACAUGCAGAGAGUGAGAUGACAGGCUAUGUGGUGACACGCUGGUACAGGUCACCAGAGAUCAUCUUCAACUGGAUGCACUAUAGCCAAUCAGGUGACCUAUCACCAACACACAAUAAAGACCUUUUCAUUUAUUUGGGCUUCACAUUCCUUGCAUUGCUCUUCUGGGGUUAUCUUACUCUUGUACUAUUGGUUCAGUGGUAUCUCAUGUGUUAUUUAUUCUGUGUGUGUCUGUCUACCUCUCAGUGGACUUGUGGUCUGCAGGCUGCAUCCUGGCUGAGAUGAUCACAGGCCAGGUUCUGUUCCCAGGCAAUGACAGUAUCCUCUCAAGUUUUCUCUUAACACCUGUAUAACUCAUUAAGUUUACAUCAACACAAAAACAUAUAUUCUGUACCCCAUUUGUUGUAUAUUACUGAUGUACUUAUCAUGUAGUUAUCUUAUGUAUUAGUUAUCAUUGUGCAGUUGCACAAGGGACAACACCAAUCAUGUAGCAGACUGUUCACUGAUCAGUGCUCUAAGUAUUUUGCUUUCAGUGGUUUCCACUGUCUGCCCUGUGUCCCUACACCCUCCUUGACCAUCCUGUUCAGGCAUUGACCAGCUGAAGAAGAUCCUUAACGUUACAGGAACACCACCGUCCUCCCUGGUGCAGAAGAUGCAGAGCAAAGAUGUAGGCCUACUGUCAUCUCAAUCUAAUGGCAACUCUUCAGCUCGCAACUAUUCAAUGUAGCUUGGUGUUGAAUUCACAAGUAUGCUCACUAUGGUGGUAACUUGUAAGAAAAAGGAGAUAACAUUGAAAAAAUACAGUUGACAGUUGAACAUUGUUGGUAUUGUCUUGCAGGCUCGCUCAUAUGUACAGAGUCUCCCUAUCCAAAAGAAGAAGAACUUCAAGGAGGUCUUUCCCUCCUUGGAUGUAAACGGUGAGUUGGUCUAUCAUCACUGUGCUAAUGGUACAUCCUGCAUGGUGGUUAUGAAUAUCUCAGUUCUUCAGUGAUGUUUUUCUAAUUGUAUAGUGAACAGUUGAGGGCUGGGUUGACUCUGUUUUCCAUACUCUACUUCCUAAUGCCUUCCUUUCUCUAUGUAAUAUUUCUCUAUCCUCUCUCUGUCUCUGUCCUGUGUGUUCCUCUGUCCAGCUGUGAAUCUGCUGGAGAGCAUGCUGCUGCUGGACCCAGAGACCAGGAUGACGGCUAAAGAGGGCCUCUCACACCCCUACCUCUCUGAGUUCCAUGACCCAGAAUCUGAACCCGACUCCCCGUCGUACGACGACUCCUUUGAAAGCCUGAAGCUUGAUGUGGGAGAGUGGAGUAGUGAGUAUAUCUUCUCUAUGACUGAUUACCUGGUUGCACAUGUUGAUGGCAUGUAUCCUGAAUUUCCCACUGCUCUUUGAGACCUACAGUUACAGUUCUGCAAAGUUUCCCUUUCAGGAAGUGAAAUUCUAAAAUACUGUAUGAUGCGAUUCAUGUGAUACAAUUCUAAAAUGCUCUGUCUUUUCCUGUUAGGUCUGAUCCACAUGGAGAUUAUGGCUUUUGACCCCAGCAACCCCAGUGCAACUGCAAUGUAG